AUGUCACUGGCCAUCUGGCCGCCCAUCUCCCCAGAGGAGCUGAAGGUUAAACUGGCAGAGACCUUGAACAAUGAACUCGCCUGGAUAACGACUGAGAGUCUGGAGGUAUGCCGCGACCUCAAGCAUGGCCUCGAGGACUGCUAUGCGCUGCUCGCGCCCAUUGACCCGGGUAGCACGCUCGUCAUGAGCACGCCGCGCAACGAAAAGGUCAAGGGCACAAUAACCCGCGUGGGCACCCGCCUCGUCAAAGGCACCUUGAACCUCCAACUCCGAACUACAUCGACCACGUCCCUCACCAUUGCCCCAAACCAACCCAUCUACAUCCCCGCCCUCGACUCGCUCUACACACACCUCACCGAGGCCGUCAACCUCCUCGACGUCGUGCUAAGCCAGCAGCACCCGCACCACCCACCGGACGCCGCGACGCUUGCAUCCUCCCUCACCCUCCUCGCCGAGUCGCUCGACCAGGCCGCCGCGCUCCUCAAGGGCCGACCCCUCACCGAGUCCGAUCCGACAUGGCAGACGAGCUCCUGCCCCUCGCAGCACUUUACCGCGGCGACAAGCACCAGCGGUACCCCUGGUGGCGGCGGAUCUGGAGGCGUAGGUGCUUUCGCGGCCAGCUUUACGGCCGGCGGCGGCGGCGGCAGCGCCAACAGCAACCCCAUCAGCUUCCACAUUGGCAUACAGGAGAGCUGCGUCGUGCUCUGGCUGCGCGUGCUGGAGCCCGCGAACGCGCCCGUGCACUUUGGCGUCAAGCUCGGCCUCGCCAUCGGUACGGUGCGCCGCCUGGAGCAUGACGAGAUGGACACCGUCUUCCACUACAACGCGUCGGGUGAUGGCUCAACGCUGGGCCAUAAAAGGGGCCGCGGUGGCGGCGAUAGCGGGCCGGUUCUGUCCGGAACACGCAGCGGAAACGGCAAAUCUGGCGGCGGCAGUGGUGCUGCCGAAGGGGUGCAUGUCCGAGAAAAGGUCCGGGUCGUCAGUGCCGACCCGUCGCUGAUUUCUCUCUUCUCUAAACUCGGCUACCUCAGCUCUGUCCUGGGACAGACACGCCGCAACCUAGCUGCGGUGCUCGGGGGCUUUCCACAAGACUAG